AUGCCGAAGGGCGCGCGGGACAUGCAGGUUAACGCGUCUCCGGCAGUUGCAGCGAACGCAGAGGGAGAUGAGAUCGAGGUGUUGGAAAGCACAGAUGUCCUUCCAGCGGCUCCGGAGGACCAAUGGAAAUCUCUUUUUGACAAGUAUGACCCAGAGAACUCUGGAUUCAUCAGCACAGAGCGAUUUCGGGAUCUCCUGGCAACCCAUGGCUCAGAGCUGGACCCUCAUAAACUCGAGGUGUUACUGGCCCUGGCAGAUGGCAAUGCUGAUGGCAAGAUCUGCUACCAAGACUUUGUCAACUUGAUGAGCACCAAGCGUUCCAACAGUUUCAGGCGAGCUAUCCUUCAGGGGGGUCGUCAGCUGAAAGGUAAAGCCCUGAGGGAUGAGGUGGGUUUAGGGCUGUCCCAAAGACUGGUGAGACACGUGGCAUACGAGACCCUGCCCAGAGAGGUCGACCGCAAGUGGUACUUUGACAGCUACACCUACUGCCCUCCUCCCUGGCUUAUUCUGGCCAUCACCAUCGCUGAGGUGGCUGUCUUCAUGUACUACGGCUUGCAGCUGGACCGUUGGGUGCUGCAGGUAUCUUCUCCGUCCUUUCUGAGGAGUCCUCUUCCCUACCACCCUCUGCUCCGUGCCCAAGCCUGGCGUUACCUCAGCUAUGUCUUCAUGCACGCGGGAAUAGAGCACCUGGGGCUGAACAUGGCUAUGCAGUUGUUGGUGGGAGUGCCUUUGGAGAUGGUCCACGGAGCAGUGCGCAUUGGUCUGGUCUAUGUGUGUGGAGUGCUUGCAGGCUCACUGGCUGUCUCUGUAGCUGAUAUGACUGCUCCAGUCGUGGGCUCUUCUGGAGGAGUCUACGCCCUGGUCUCUGCUCACCUGGCCAAUGUUGUCAUGAACUGGUCGGGGAUGAAGUGCCAGUUUAAGCUCUUUCGGAUGGCCAUGGCUCUUGUUUGCAUGAGUGUGGAGUUUGGCAGAGCUGUCUGGCUGCGUUUCUAUCCCCCUGCCUUCCCCCCCUGUCCAAAUCCCAGCUUCGUUGCUCAUCUUGGGGGAGUAGCAGUGGGCCUCACCUUGGGUGUGGUUGUCCUCCAUAACUAUGAGCAGCGACUACAGGAGCAGUCCCUCUUUUGGAUCUUCUUAAGCGUCUACACCCUUUUUGUCUUCUGCGGAGUGUUCUGGAACAUUUUCGCCUACAGCCUGCUGGAUGUCAAGCUACCUCCUGCUCCUUAA